UGGAGGAGAUGAACCUGAGAUGUGUCUUUCUGCCAUACAGCUGGCCCUCACUCAUAGCCCACCCCUGUCAGAGAUAUUUGUAUUCACUGAUGCCUCCCCUAAAGACGCUCACCUGUACAAUGCUGUGAGGGCUCUUAUACUAGAGAAACAAUGCAAGAUGACCUUCCUCCUGACUGAAGACCCCAGUCACAAGAUGAAGGUCAGCAGGAGGAAGAGGAGGAGGAGGAGGGAGACUCUGUCCCCUGACCGUUUCGCUCUCUACUCCUCCCUGUCCUCUGUUUCCGGGGGACUGACUGUCUUCACCACUAACUCAGACAUCCACCGUGUCUCUGCCAUAGUUGAGGACAACACAGCUGCAGAUAAGGUGACUCUGCUACAUGCAGAGAGUGAUAGUGACUCCAACUUAUCCCACUCCUUCAGUGUGGACAAUUCAGUGAAGUACGUGACCCUUCAUCUCACUGGAGACCUCAGACAAUGUGUCCUCAGCAGCCCAACUGAUCGUACUCAGUCUCUGUUGAAUCAGCAGGGUCCCCUGGCAGAGUGUGAGCAGUUUCAGGGUCUGUACAGGAUCAGCCUACUGUCCCCUAUAGAGCCAGGCCAGUGGCACCUCAACACCAUUGCUGAUGGUCACGUCACCUUUAAUGCCAUAGCUGACAGCAAUGUGGACUUCCUGUAUUACUUUGCUGUGGAGGCCAAUGGAACGCAUCCAGGCCUGGCUAAAGUGGAGGGGAGUCCAAUCGCAGGUGUCCCAACCUUUCUAGUGCUGGCUGUCACAGGUCUAUCGCCCAAUGAGAAGGCCUCUUUCAGUCACGUGACCCUGCUGGGAGCCAAUGGGGAGAGCCUCCAGAAAGUGUGGCUAAACUCGUCCUCUUCAUCUGCGUCCUCUGGAGAGGAGCUGGUUGGCUGGAUGGCCUCUGUUCCCAGGGUGCCUUUCUGUGUCCGUCUAUCCGGCAGAGACGGGGGAGGGAACCGCCUGGAACGCGUCUCCACGGAGAUGAUCCAGCACACACACAUUAAGAUACAGGUCCUGUCUAUCCCACGUCUGGUUCCUGGCCACAGUACGACAGUAUUUUUUGAUGUUCAGAACCACGGCCCUGCCCGAAACCUCACCCUGAUCGCUGACGAUGACCGGGGAUAUCUCUCUCAGAGAGGACCACACAGCCUCUCUGUGGGGGAGAGAGGGUCAGUGAGGGGGGAGGUGGAGCUCCAAACUCCUAAGGGGGCUGAGGCAGGAGGGGCUGUCACUAUGACUCUGACAGUGCGAGUGCUGGACUCCCUGGACUCCAACUACGCAGUGUUGCACCUGACUGUGGUUCCUCCGGAUCCUGACAUGUCUCCCCCAUCAUGUUCCAUCAUGCGAGUAGAACACACCUGCCCAGGCCCGACUCAGUGCACAGGAGUCAGAUGGACUGUCUCUCUGGCUGUGACAGACAGGGGGUGCUCUGGCCUGGCUUCCCUCCAGCUCUCCCAGGGUCAGGGCAUUCUCACCCUGCUCCACAGCCCCACAGACCCCCUAGGGGACAGCCUGGAGGAGAACCAGCCCACCCCCAAGCACAAACCUCAGAACCAGAGAGACAGGGAGAGGACAAGCCCAGCACAUGGGGAGAAUGGCUAUGCUGAACUGGAUCCCAGGCUGGUACAAGGUAACCCUCCUCUGAACGUGGCCCAGUGGACAGGUAGAUUGCCCAAGCCUCUGUGGGUGAGGUACACCUCCCCCUGCUGCUCCCCCCAGGCGGAGCUCCUGGUGUGGGACGGGGCCGGAAAUACGAGGCGCUGCCAUCUGACCGCCAGCCAGCAGAGGGGUAUACGGGAGAGGAGUGGAGUGUCAGACAGUGCUGGAGAGAUGCCGCUGCAAAGUUGCUUCCUGUUGUUUUCAUUGUUGAGUUUGAUUUGGACUGUUCCACUGUUGGUUGAUGUGGGAUCAUUUCUCUAUGUCAAAUAACCUUAAAGAUGUUCUGUAACCAAAA